GAUUGGAGCAGCUAAGUUCGCAUGUUUCCUCUCUCUUCCUACGUGCAAUGCAGACGGAGAACGACUAUUUUCGAAGCUGAACUUAAUCAAAAGAAAAGAGAAAAAAAAAUUAAAUUUAGAGAACGGCGGAAGCCUGACACGGAAGCACGCACCCCUGCCCGGAAACAAAAUAACACUCUUCUCUUCGGUGAACUGUAUAUCAGGGCUUUUGUGAUGGCAGAUCUAAACCCAACGCUUACUUUUAACAAUGGAUACAAAGUUCCAAUUUUUGGCCUUGGUACUUGGAAGUCAAAACCUGGAGAAGUAAUGCAGGCUGCUAAGGAUGCAAUUUCUUCUGGGUAUCGCCAUCUUGACUGUGCCCUUAUUUAUGGCAAUGAACCUGAAGUUGGAGAAGCUAUUAAAGCAAAGAUUGCUGAUGGCACUGUAAAACGUGAAGAUUUAUUCAUCACAAGCAAGCUAUGGAAUACAUAUCAUGGAAAGAGCCUUGUCAUUCCAACCCUGAAGGAAUCCCUAACCAACCUUGGACUUGAUUAUUUGGACUUGUACCUCAUUCACUGGCCUAUGGGAUACAAGGAGGGUGGAGAGAAGUUCCCUACUGAUGAAAAUGGGAAAACCUUGUAUAGUGAUGUGGAUUACAUUGAGACCUGGCCAGCUAUGGAAGAGGCAGUGGAAGCAGGUCUUGUCAGGUCCAUUGGAGUUUCCAACUUUAGCAAGGAUCAAAUUGAACGUAUUCUACAGAUUGCCAAAAUAGUUCCUGCCAACAACCAGGUUGAGUGCCACCCCUACUUAAAUCAAAAGAAGCUUAUUGAUUACUGUAAAAGUAAAGGAAUAACUGUCACUGCCUACAGCCCACUAGGAUCUCCAGACAGACCCUGGGCCAAGCCUGAUGAUCCUUUGUUAAUGGAUGACCCCAGGAUAGUUGGAUUAGCUGAAAAGUACAACAAGACACCUGCUCAAAUUCUCAUUCGCUAUCAGAUUCAACGUGACGUGAUUGUUAUUCCCAAGUCAGUUACAAAAUCACGCAUUGAGGAAAAUAUCCAGGUUUUUGACUUUGCUCUGUCAGAUGAUGAUAUGAAGACUAUUGAUGGCUUUGACUGCAAUGGGCGUUUCCUUCAUCUCACUUGGGUAAAGGACCACCCCCACUGGCCAUUCAACACUGAAUUUUAAGCAAAUAUGUUGAAAGGAAAAUAAUCACCAUUUUGGAAGGAGAUUUUUAUUUUUACUGAUUGUAAAUAAAAGCUUAGGGUUAUUAUAGUUUUUUGUCAACAUUUUCUAAGAAUUGCUUUUAAAGGACAGAGUUUUGAGAGGAAAGAUUUAUUAACUGAUUGUGAAUGAAAGCUUAUGAUUAUUAUACAUUUUCUUUUUGAGUUUUGGCCUUUCAACAUUGUAUUUGUGUUAAGAGAAAAUAAACACCAGAUUGGA